AUGGGAAACUGGGUGGUUAACCCCUGGCUCUCAGUUUUGGUUCUGGCUACUUGGUUGGGGCUGAAUGUUUUCUUGUUUGUGCAUGCCUUCCUGUCAUAUGAGAGGGACGACAAAUACUACUACACAAGAGAAAUCCUGGGGUCGGCAUUGGCCUGGGCCCGAGCCUCUGCUCGCUGCCUGAAUUUUAACAGCAUGCUGAUCCUGCUUCCCGUGUGUCGAAAUCUUCUGUCCUUUCUGAGGGGCACCUGCUCAUUUUACAGAUGCCCCCUGAGAAAGCAACUGGAUCACAACAUCACCUUUCAUAAGCUGGUGGCAUAUAUGAUCUGCCUGCACACAGCUAUUCACAUAAUUGCACACCUGUUUAACUUUGAACGAUACAGCAGGAGCCGACAGGCCACAGAUGAAUCCCUUGCUUCUCUUCUCUCCAGCCUAUCUCAUCAAGAGAAAGAGAGGGAUUCUUGGCUAAAUCCUAUUCAGUCCCCAAACAUGACAGUGAUGUAUGUGACAUUCACCAGCAUUCCUGGUCUCACUGGAGUGAUCAUCACAAUAGCUCUGGUUCUCAUGGUGACUUCAGCUAUGGAGUUUAUCCGGAGGAGUUAUUUUGAGGUCUUCUGGUAUACGCAUCAUAUUUUUAUCAUUUACUUCAUCAGCUUAGGGAUUCAUGGCAUUGGUGGAAUUGUCCGGGGUCAAACGGAAGAGAGCAUGAAGGAGAGUCAUCCUCACAGCUGUGCAGAGUCUUUCAAGAAGUGGGAUGAUCAUGACUCCCAGUGCGAACGUCCCCAAUUUGAAGGGCACCCCGCUGAGUCUUGGAAGUGGAUCCUUGCACCAGGUAUUCUUUAUAUCUUUGAAAGGAUCCUUCGAUUUUAUCGCUCCCAGCAGCGGGUUGUGAUUACCAAGGUUGUCAUGCACCCAUCCAAAGUUUUGGAAUUGCAGAUGAACAAGAGUGGCUUCAGCAUGGAAGUGGGACAGUAUAUUUUUAUUAAUUGCCCCUCAAUCUCUUACCUGGAGUGGCAUCCCUUUACUCUGACCUCUGCUCCAGAGGAAGACUUCUUCUCCGUUCAUAUCCGAGCGGUGGGAGACUGGACGGAAAAUCUUGUAAAGGCUUUUGAACAACGACAUUCACCGAUUCCCAGAAUUGAGGUGGAUGGUCCCUUUGGCACUGUCAGUGAGGAUGUUUUCCAGUAUGAAGUGGCUGUGCUGGUCGGAGCAGGAAUUGGGGUCACCCCCUUUGCUUCCAUUUUGAAGUCCAUCUGGUACAAAUUCCGGCAUGCAGAUAAGAACCUCAGAACACAAACGAUCUAUUUCUACUGGAUCUGCCGGGAGACAGGUGCCUUUGCCUGGUUCAAUGACCUAUUGGCUUCCCUGGAACAGGAGAUGGAAGAAUUAGGCAAAGUGGGUUUUCUAAACUACCGUCUCUUCCUCACUGGAUGGGAUAGCAACAUUGCUGGUCAUGCAGCAUUAAACUUUGACAAAGCCACUGACAUCCUGACAGGUCUGAGACAUAAAACCUUCUUUGGGAGACCUGUAUGGGAAAAUGAGUUUUCUACAAUAGCUACCACCCACCCCAAGUCUGCGGUGGGAGUCUUCUUAUGUGGUCCUCAGACUCUGGCAAAGAGCCUGCGCAAAUGCUGUCACCAAUUCUCCAGUUUAGAUCCUAGGAAGGUUCAAUUCUACUUCAACAAAGAAAAUUUUUGACUUAUAGGAAUAAGGACAAUAACCUGCAUUUAAUCUCUUUUGUAUCUUCAACAACUUACUUGGUCUGGUCAGAUUUGGACAGCCAUUUAAGGACAAUAAUGUGCCUCUCAAGCCUUCACUGGACCCUAGCAUUUUUUUGGUUGGAUUCAACUUUGUUAUCACUGAGCUUCAAGAACCUAAGAACUUCAGAAACCACAAUAAUUGCAUGGAGCCUUUCUUGGGAAAAUAAGUGUAAAUCAUUCUGGAAUGCCAUGACUAUAGUAAGGCCCGACAGCAGAGGUAGUUAACGAUUUAACCCAGGGUGAUUUUGUUGACUCCAAGUGUUACUGUCUCCUGAACUUUGGGUCAUAUUCUCCCCUCCCUCCCACCCUCAAAGAAGAUUUCUAAGUAGUGAUUUUUUAAAU